GCUGCGGGUGUGCGAGCAGCGCGCUCCCGCCGUCCGGGUCGCCAUCUUUUUCCCCCUCCGUCCGUCUGUCUGCCGUUGGCUUUGUCCGUCUGCAGCGCCGCCCCCUCGACUCCCCGCCACCGGCUCAGCCCGGAGCCGUCCUCCGCCCGCCGGGCCCGGUCCCGGAGAGCCCGGCCCAGCCGGCCCGAAGCUGCAGCCCGGGGCCCAUUGUCCGGCGGUCCGUCUGUCCGGAGGCGGGGCCCAGGGAGCCGGAGCGCUGGAGAGUGCCGAGGCUCCGGAUACGCAUCCCGUGGACCCAGGCGAGUUCGCUUUGCUCCUGGAAACCGCGCCAGAGCUGGAGGUUAGCACCUUGCAAGGAGAUACUAAUAUAUCCAGUUGUGAAACUGGGAAAGGCCAGAGUUCUUGGAUCAGGGAAACAUGUCCCGUCGGAAACAGACAAAUCCAAAUAAAGUUCACUGGGAUCAAGUAUUUGCUGGGCUAGAAGAGCAAGCCCGCCAGGCGAUGAUGAAAACUGAUUUUCCUGGAGACCUUGGCAGUCAGCGACAAGCUAUUCAACAACUAAGAGAUCAGGACUCCAGUAGCAGUGACAGUGAGGGUGAUGAAGAGGAGACCACACAAGAUGAAGUCUCUUCCCACACAUCAGAGGAAGAUGGCGGGGUGGUGAAAGUGGAAAAAGAGUUAGAAAAUGCAGAGCAGCCUGUUGGUGGUGGGAACGAAGUAGUAGAGCAUGAGGUCACAGAGAACUUGAAUUCUGACCCCUUGCUUGAACUCUGCCAGUGUCCUCUCUGCCAGCUGGACUGUGGGAGUCGGGACCAGCUUAUCGCUCAUGUGUAUCAGCACACUGCAGCAGUGGUGAGCGCCAAGAGCUACAUGUGUCCUGUCUGUGGACGGGCCCUUAGCUCCCCAGGGUCAUUGGGUCGCCACCUCCUAAUCCACUCGGAGGACCAGCGGUCUAACUGUGCUGUGUGUGGAGCCCGUUUCACCAGCCAUGCCACUUUUAACAGUGAGAAACUUCCUGAAGUACUUAAUAUGGAAUCCCUACCCCCGCUCCACAGUGAGGGCCCCUCCAGUGCUGAGGGGAAGGACGUUGCAUUUAGUCCUCCAGUGUACCCGGCUGGAAUUCUGCUUGUGUGCAACAACUGUGCUGCCUACCGUAAGCUACUGGAAGCCCAGACUCCCAGUGUACGAAAGUGGGCCCUGCGUCGACAGAAUGAGCCUUUGGAAGUACGGCUACAGCGGCUAGAACGAGAGCGCACAGCCAAGAAAAGUCGGCGGGACAAUGAGACCCCAGAGGAGCGAGAGGUGAGGCGAAUGAGGGACCGUGAAGCCAAGCGCCUGCAGCGCAUGCAGGAGACAGAUGAGCAGCGAGCACGCCGGCUGCAGCGAGAUCGAGAGGCCAUGAGACUAAAGCGAGCCAAUGAAACCCCAGAGAAGCGGCAGGCCCGGCUCAUCCGAGAGCGAGAGGCUAAACGACUCAAGAGGAGGCUGGAGAAAAUGGACAUGAUGUUGAGAGCUCAGUUUGGUCAGGACCCUUCAGCCAUGGCAGCCUUAGCAGCUGAAAUGAACUUUUUCCAACUGCCUGUGAGUGGGGUAGAGUUGGACAGCCAGCUUCUGGGGAAGAUGGCCUUUGAAGAGCAGAACAGCAGCUCUCUACACUGAAUCACACCCUCCUGCCUGCCUUCCCCUCUGUCCAGACCCACAAGGAUCAGCCACCCACAAAGCCGUCCUUCCUGCCAGAGGCAGGCCCAGGUUGGCUGCAGGUGGAUUUUUGCACACCUUGCGUGUGGGAGUAGAAUGAUGGGAUCAGGAGGGACCCAGUCAAGGCAGCUUUGGACAAGGGAGCAGGCACUCCAGAGAACUGGACAACUCAGCCCACUGCAGCAGGCUGGGCUUAUUGGGACUACAGGGCCCCAUGGUGACCCAUGAAGUUGUGAGGGCAAAUAAAUUAAUUUUAUCUUUACU